UGUCGCCGGCAGAGGGCGUCGUCUCCCGGUAAAGUCUCCUGCGGACUGCGCCGAUGCGCGUUGCUUGUCGGAAGUACCGGUUCCACCGUUUCGUGUCCUCUCGGGAGACGUAUGGACAGGCGCGUGUAGCAGGAUGGAGAGCAGCAAUAAUGCCUCAGCCCAGAGUGAUGCUAGUGGUGACGGGAGAUGAUUUUGGCUACUGCUCCAGGAGGAACCAGGGGAUCGUGGACUGCUUCCAGGCUGGAGGCAUUUCCAAUGUGUCGCUGCUGGUUAACGCCUGUGCUGCCAAAGAAGCAGCGGACCUGGCAAAAAGGCACGGCAUUCCCAUCGGCCUCCACGCCAACCUGUCCGAAGGCGUUCCGGUGUGUCAGCAGGCCUCCACACUGACCAACCAGCACGGCUUCUUCCGUGGGAAGAUGGGCUUCCGUCAGGCCCUGGAGAGGGGUCAGCUCGGCAUGUGGCAGCCACCGUCGCAUGUUGGCUGGAGGCAAAAGAAAGAAACCACAAAGACAACACAAACUUCACUCUGGCAAAAACAAGUCUAAAGGUCCACUGCAGGGACAACCACCGUCAGAUCCACAAAAGCCUGUGGGGAGGGAAAGCACAAAGACUUUAGGAAAGGGUAAUGUUGGUUUAUGACAGUAAUAAUAAUAUGGUUAAUAUUUCAAAUGAUGAUGAUAGGAGUAGCAGGUGUCAGCAGGGCCACGGUAGGUGGCAGGAACAGGGUUCAGAUUGAACCAUGAUCCAUUGAAACUAUGAGGCAAGAAAGCACAAAUACUUGAAAGAAAAAGUUAGUGAUGCGCAUUAAUGUUUACAGCAAUAGAAAUGGGAAUAUCAAUGGUGUUGGAAGUGGCAGGUGUCCACGAGCCAGGCAGGAGUCAGGACCAGGGGGAGAAGCUGAAUUAGUCAUGUGCAUUAAUAAAACGUGGAUUAUUGUAGAAGGUGAAAGUGAGAGAGGAGCUCGG